AUGCACAUUAGAGCCCACGAAGGUACUACCAGUUAUAAAUGCGAAAUUUGCAAUAAGGCUUUCACAGUUAGUACCCACGCGCUCGAGCAUAAGUACUUUCAUUCAGGGGAAAAACCUUUCCAAUGUGAGAUAUGUGGCAAGCAUUUUAUGUUUUCAAGGUUUCUGGCCUCGCACAGACGUACCCAACAUUGGGAGAUCAUAACCGGUACUCCCUUGAUCAAGUACGACUGUACCCUAUGCAAUAAACAUUAUACUUCGUCUAGUGGUUUGAAGAGACACAAUUUAAGAAACCACAACUACGAAGGUAUAGAUACUUCCGUCCUUUGUGAUAUCUGUGGAAAGAAGAUUUCCAGUAAUGAAAAACUCAAGUUCCAUAGAAGGGUUCACACAGGGUACCGCCCCCACGCUUGUGAAGUCUGCGGGAAGUGUUUUUCUACCAAAGAGCAAAAGAAGGAGCAUCUCAGGGUUCAUACUGGGGAGAAACCUUAUAUUUGUAAAUACUGUGGUAAAGGUUUCACCCAAAGGUCGCCUUUGAAAAUCCAUGAGAGGUCUCAUACAGGAGAAGCACCCUAUAUAUGCACGUUUUGUACCAGAGGUUUUAUAUCGAAGAGUGCCAUGGAUAGCCAUAUGAAGAACUGCAAGAUACAUAUUCCAUUUAUUUAA